AUGGCCACCGCCGCACCCCCAACGGCGCCGGCCGCCACCGCACCACCCCAAGCCCAGCCGCGCAUAUCACCAUCCUGCCCCGAGGAGACGGCCGCGAUCCUCCGCGCUGCAGCUGCCCACGAUGCGCCCUUGCUCAAGAAGCUGCUAGAUGAGCCCGGCAAGGCCAGCGUGCAGGACCCAGAGACGCGCGAGACCCCGCUGCACGCCGCCGUGCGGGCUGCCGCCGGCACUGCCGCCGACGACACUGCAACCAUGGACCUGGCGCGCAAGACCCUAACGGAGCUGUUCUGGUCCGGUGCCAUCUGGAACGACGUCGACGACAAGGACGAGACGCCCGGAUGUGUGGCGCUGCGUGAGGGGCUGGACGACCUGUACGCCAUGUGCCGCGACGCCGGCGUGCGCGCCGAGAUGCUGUUUGGGCUGAUGGACGGCUACGAGGCGCUCUCGAGCGGCGACAGCGAGAUGGAGCAGGAGGAGGCAGUGGAGGUGGUGGACUUGGAUAUUGAGAAUGGCGAAGAGGCGCCGGAGCUCGUCGACGUGGAUGCCUUGAAGGCCGCGGUCGUCGCCGACGCCCCGACGGAGAAGCACACCGUCGAGAGCGAAGCCUACCUCGCGUCCAAACUGACCUACAACGCUGGCGCGCUGGUUGACGAUGCCGGCAACGGCGUCAUGAUGGCUUGGGAGACGGAUAUCAUGCGCCGCAGCGUCGAUGCCCUGCUGCCUGAGCUGCCCGCUGGCAAACGGAUCCUGAAUGUCGGCUUCGGUAUGGGAAUCAUCGACAGCAUGUUUGCAGAAACAAAGCCGUCCCGGCACCACAUCAUAGAGGCACAUCCCGCCGUGAUCCAACAUGCCAAGACCGCACCGGACUCAAAGUUCGGCGCGGCUUGGGAAGAGUCCGGGCCUGAACCGGGCGCCUUCAAGAUGCAUCAAGGCAGAUGGCAAGACGUCUGCCGUGAACUCCUCGAGGCUGGAGAGGUAUACGACGCAAUCUACUUUGACACGUUCGGUGAGGACUACAGCCAGCUCCGCAUGUUCUUUACCGAGUUUAUACCAGGUCUGCUUGAUUCCGAGGGUCGAUUCGGUUUCUUCAAUGGACUGGGAGCCGACAGGCGAAUUUGCUACGAUGUUUACAUCAACGUUUCUGAGAUGCAUCUAGCUGAGGCAGGGCUCGAUGUAGACUGGACCGACGUCCCUGUUGACAUGGAUCGAAUGGCCGAGGCUGGCAAAGGAGAGUGGGAGGGUGUUAAGAGGAGGUACUGGACUCUUGACAAUUAUCGCCUACCAGUGUGCACCUUUUUGGGCUGA